AUGGCGUGCCUGUUGGAGGCCCCUUUACGCAUCAGCGUGUUAUCCGAAGUCACAGCCACGAGUCGCCACUAUGUUGACCGGCUUUUCGACCCUGACCCACAGAACGUGCUACAGGGAGUUAUUGACAUGAAGAAUGCCGUCAUUGGAAACAACAAGCAGAAAGCCAACUUGAUUGUGCUGGGAGCCGUGCCAAGACUCCUGUACCUUCUCCAGCAGAGCUCAUCCAGUCUAGACUUGAGGAUUGAAUGUGCAGUCGUUUUGGGCAGUCUGGCCAUGGGUACUGAAAACAACAUCAAGUCCUUGGUGGACUGUCACAUCAUCCCAGCCCUUCUGCAAGGUCUCUUGUGUUCUGAUUUGAUCUUUAUUGAGGCGUGUCUGCGCUGUUUAAGAACUGUUUUCAUCAGUCCAGUCACACCAGUGCAGCUGCUCUACACAGACCCCUCUGUGAUCCCCCAUCUCAUGUCACUGCUGAGUCGAUCACAGCGCACACAGGAAUACAUCACACAAAUAUUCGCCCACUGCUGCAAGACUCCGGAACAUCAAACGGUUUUGUUCAACCAUGGUGCUAUCCAGAACAUUGCUCCUCUGCUCAUCUCUCCCUCCUUUAAGGUACGGAUGCAGGCGUUGAAGUGUUUCUCAGUCUUGGCCUAUGAGAAUGUGCAGGUCUCCAUGACGCUGGUGAAUGUGCUUGUAGAUGGAGAGCAGCUCUCUCAGGUUUUUGUCAGAAUGAUGCAGAGGGACAAACCCAUCGAAAUGCAGCUCACAGCUGCCAAAUGUUUAACAUACAUGUGUCGAGCAGGAGCCAUCAGGACAGAUGACAGCUGUGUUGUACUAAAGACUCUGCCGUGCCUGGUGCGGAUGUGCAGUAAAGAACGGUUACUGGAGGAGCGGGUGGAGGGGGCUGAGACGCUGGCCUACCUGAUGGAGCCCGACAUAGAACUACAGCGGAUUGCCAGCGUCACCGAUCACCUUGUGUCAAUGCUGGCCGACUACUUUAAAUACCCGAGCUCCGUCAGCGCCAUUACAGAUAUUAAGAGGUUGGACCAUGACUUGAAACAUGCACAUGAGCUCAGACAGGCAGCGUUCAAACUCUACGCCUCGCUGGGCUCCAAUGACGAGGACAUCAGGAAGAAGAUCACCGAGACGGAGAACAUGAUGGACCGGAUCGUUAGCGGCCUAUCAGAAUCCAGUAUAAAAGUACGGUUAGCAGCAGUCAGAUGUCUGCACAGUUUAUCACGAUCCGUACAGCAGCUAAGAACGAGUUUCCAUGAUCACGCAGUAUGGAAGCCACUAAUGAAGUUACUACAGAACGCACCAGACGAGGUGCUGGUUAUGGCCUCUUCAACACUAUGCAACCUAUUGCUGGAGUUUUCCCCCAGCAAGGAGCCUAUCUUAGAGUCGGGGGUCAUCGAGUUACUAUGCAGCCUCACACAAAGUGACAGUCCAGCACUGAGGGUCAAUGGCAUCUGGGCUCUCAUGAAUAUGGCCUUCCAGGCAGAUCAGAAGGUGAAGGUGGAGAUAGUUCGAGCUUUGGGAAAAGAACAGCUCUUCAGACUCCUUUCUGACCCUGAUACUAAUGUUCUCAUGAAAACACUUGGGCUGCUACGAAACCUGCUCUCCACCAGACCACAUAUAGACCAGAUCAUGAGCUCACACGGCAAACAGAUCAUGCAAGCAGUCACCCUAAUCCUAGAGGGAGAGCACAGCAUAGAGGUCAAAGAACAGACUUUGUGCAUAUUGGCCAACAUCGCUGAUGGAAACACUGCCAAGGAACUCAUUAUGACCAAUGAUGAUAUGCUCCAAAAAAUCAAAUAUUACAUGGGUCACUCCAACGUGAAGCUGCAACUGGCCGCCACUUUCUGUAUCUCCAACCUCAUCUGGAAUGAGGAGGACGGCUCACAAGAGAGACAAGACAAAUUAAGGGAGAUGGGCUUUGUUGAUAUCUUACACAAACUCACCCAGGCAUCAGAUCCUAACCUCUGUGACAGGGCAAAAACGGCGAUGCAGCAGUAUUUGGCAUGACCUCGUUGGAAGGUGCGACUAUGGCCUCACUAACAAUCUCUAGGAGGAUCGUGUCUCCUGUGGUUUUGUUUUAGAUUUGGGUUUCAUUUUGGCUCUUCCUUUUUGUUUUGUUGCACAAGACACCUUUAGUUGUGGAGACACCCCGAACAAUUCCGCAAAUCACAGAUGCGGUUGACGGGCCGCAGCUUCAUUUGGACUUCCAGCUACGUUGGCUUGAUGUUUUCUGCUGAACACUUGGAAUAAUUUUUUUUGGUUUGUUUUUUGGACUUAAUGUGAAGAAAAAAACGUCCUCAAAGUGUGUUGCAGCGCCACCUGGUGGUUUGGAGACUUUGCCACUUUGGGCUCACUUUGGAGAAAGCUGACAGACCUCUCAGCGCUUAUCUUAAAGGAGCUUAGUCUCCUUAUUUUGGUUUGCUGAUUUACUAUCGAUGAUAUUAUUAUAACAAUAAUUAUUAAUAUUUUAAUUGGGACUUUGACACAAGGAAAGGUUAGUAAAAAGACUGCUUGCUUUUGUUCUUUUUUUGUGGAUACAUACCUCGUAAAUAUAUAUAAAUAUAAAUAUAUAAAUAUAUUUUUUGGAUUUUUAAUUUACCCUUUCAUGUUUUUUCCCCCUUUUGAAAUUUCCCUCUCUGUAAUUUAGGCUGAUGUGGGUAUAUAUGUAGAGGCAGCAUGUUGGGUCAUAAGAACAUUUCAUAGAACCCAUCCAACCCUAAAUAGAAGUUGCCAGUUUGUGUGCACUUCCACUGUUUUUUGUUUCAGAAUUUGAACUCUUGAUCUUUGAAAAUAAGAACCCCCACCCCAUAACUCCCUCUUUUGAUGCUCUAAAGUGAAUGUUUCCACUCAAAUAUAUGCAGGUCUCUGCCAUGGAGCACCCCACUGAUUUGAGUUGUUUUAUCUUGGGUUGGGACGGAAUAACUUGUCCAAUCCAACUGGCUAGCACAUGUGCUUCAGACACGUUGGGCCUUGGUGCUCAUGUAGAAGACACCGAUUUGAAUCCUACUUGUGUCAUGACUCCAUUCCAAGACUCCUUUCUCUCUCCCAAUAUUUCCACAUCUUAUAUCUCUGUCAAUAAACAUAUCAAAACAGCCCAAAAAUAUAAAUAUAAAAAUAAAGAGGAACUAAUGACCGCUAUAGUGCCCCUUGCGGCAACAUUGAGAAUGCAACGCACUUGCGGUGAGUUACAUUUCAGAAUGUAAACUAAAAUAAUAUUUCGGGUGCAAUGCAAGUUAAACUCAAUCGACAGCAUUUGUGGCAUGAUAUUGAUUACCACAAAUAUUUAUUUCAACUUUUCCCUUCUUUUCUUAAAAAAAGAAAAGAAAAAGUCUGCAUUCCAGUGAGGCACUUAUAAUGGAAGUGAGUGGGACCAAUUGGUACGUUAAAAUACUAUUUCAAAAUUAUAGCCACAAGACAUAAAUAAAAUGCAUGUAAACCUGAUUCUAGUGUGAUCAAUUUUACUUUUUGCCAAUUUACAACUUCGUUGCCAUGAUGAUGUAAUGUCAACAAUCCCUAAAAUGAUGAUUUAAACAACUUUACAGAUCAAGUAAUACAUGAAGAAGAACAGAAGAAUUAAUGUUUUAUAAAAUUCACAUUUCUGCCUUUAAACCCUCCAAAAAUUGGCCCAUUCUCUUCCAUUGGAAGUGCCUCAAUGUAACCUCGUUUUUUGCUUCUUUUUUAAGAAAUGGAGGGACGAGUAUAAAUUAUUCCUGUGGUAGUCAACAUUAUGCUACAAAUGCUGUCGAUUGUGCUUAACAUCCUUUAAGUUUGUGUGGUUUGAAGCGUUUGUGUUCAUGCACUUGCAUGUAGAGUAUGUUUCAGGUUGCUUCAGUGUUGCGCUUGAACAUUCAUAACAUCACAGAGUUGGUCUUCGGUUCACUGACCAUACUUUCAGGCACAACAGCUGUGAAUACAGUGAUGAAAAUAAGGUGGAACGUGUAUUUCUUUAAUUCAUUUAAAGAGAACGAGGCAGUGGUAGUUGAAAAAUGAGCACAGAAGUCUGUAUUCUUAUAAAACAUCACCUUUUUGUUUUAUUAUCCUGGUAAGUGUCUCUCAUAAAGCUCAUUACAGUUAAUAAAAUACAUCUGGACCCCAUUUUCCCUGGGUCGUGCAUCACCCCCCACCCAACCCAAAUCCCUCCCGCAUAUAUGCAGGCACAUUCCUCAUGCAAAUUAUUUGGACAUGCAGACCCCAAAGACCCUACUAUCCAUAUUCAGACCCCCUGACCUAUGUUCUAGGUAAAGAAAAUAGAAACCAAAGUAUGCUAUUGUGUUACAAACAAUGUGCCCCUUCUCAUGACCGCGCGCCCAUGCCAUGAGUCUGGAAGGACCUCAGCAAACCGAUAAACCAAGAUGAUGUCAUUCAGGUUCCAGGUGCUAGGCCAGCAUCAAACAUUAGAAAGAGGUGAUGAUGGAUGCUUAAUUUUGGCCACUCAGAAAACUGUCAUUGGAUACCAGAGAUGCUAGGGUGACUGCACACCAGCUGCAAGAAAUGUCUGCGAGGUUCCUCAGAGUUCUUAUUAGGAUUGCAGAUCGAUAAAUACAUAUCAUUAAAUAAAUAAACAUUGAAAUAAAAGUGCAGUGCUCUCUACUGUGAUAUAACCCACAGCUUUUGAUAAGUAUUGUGAAUGCUGAAAAAUGGGGAGCGCUCUAGGAAUUUGUAUACGUUUUAUGAAAAGGCACGCAGGAUGGCUGAAGAGGUGUGUAUGUGUUUGUUUUUGUUCUAUGCAAUUGUCUUGGGCUUUUAUAAGGUGGCUGCCCAACAUAUAGCAUGCCAACCCACCCAUCAUAUUCCCAACUGCCCACUAACUGCACAUCACCACUGAUGUUUUAAUUCUGAUAACUGUUCUGCAUGUUAUGAUGGUUUGACCUUUUUGACCUUAGGAUUGUUUGUUAAACUCCUAUUAGUUGUGUUCUGUUAAUUGUCUUGAGUUAUGUCUUGUGUUUUCUUUGAAAGGGGGGAAGCGUAACCUGGACAACAAGAUAAUUUGUGAGGCUACUACAUGCUAGAGCAUUGAUUCACACAUGAUUCUGUGCAGGGUCCAGAAGUAACACUCACCAAAUGGUAAAUAAAAUAUUUUUGGCCAUAAAUAAACAGUCAGAUGAUGAUACGUGGUUUAAGUCACAAUACAAUAAUGAUUUUUUGACAUAAGCGACUUUGCAUCAAGACUAUACAAAAACUGCCUUUGAAUAACUUUUACCACAGUUGAAAAUGUACCAUCAGAAGUUUAGCCAGUUUUAUUUUACUUUUGUAACUCCAGACCUUCAUGUAAAAUAUCAGCAACAAAAUCAAGAUGAGUUUUGUAAAAGGUGUUAGUUUAAUAAAUAUAUUUAUGGCAAAUGAUUAAUUCUGGACCCCUAGUUUUAUGCGUUCAUGUACAGUUGUGCCCAAAAAUAUUGGCACCUUUGGUAAAUAUGAGCAAAGAAGGCUGUGAAAAAUGUCUUUAUUGUUUAUCCUUUUGAUCUUUCCAAAGAAUAAAGUUCUGAUGUGCAGAAAAA